CUUUGAUUCUCGGCAUGGAGAGAACAGCGUGACAUUAACAUACUUGCAGUCCACGCCCGAUCCGGCUCACUGUCUACUACUACCGGCACUGCUAGUUCUAGACGCCCUCUCCUCCCCCUCCCCCUCCCCCUCCCUCUCCCCGUCCCCGUCCCCUUCCCCCUCCUCUGCUCGCUUCUCCUCCCGCCUCUCUACCGUCAGCAAGUGCUGCCGCCCAUCCACAAUCGCACGAAACGCAUCAUACGACAUGCCAUGAAGUGAGGCCGACCCUUUCCGACCCUCGCUGCUCCGCCUGCGAGACGCCGAUAUGGCGGAUGACGAUGAGCUGAGGUGCAUGGGGGGCUUGAGAGACGUGCCUCUCGACUGCAUCAAACAAGCACGCACAGCACUGCUUCAGAGAGACAUGGGAUCUCAAGUGCAGACUUCACCUGUAGUACGAGUCUGUUGGCAAAGGUGAUGACACUGAUUGCCGUGGCCAUUGAGAGGGUGUGUGGGUGGUCGAGGGAGCCGUUCGCAAACUUGGUCAAGUGGCUGAAGUAUGUGCGGAAGUCGAUAUCGUUGGCUGGGGGACGGGAAUCUUCAGCAGCCGAUUGUAUGCCAUCGGUUGCUGGUGCAGGGGUGGCAGGGGCGGGGGAUGAGAGUACGGUGAAGAGCUCAUGCAUGAACUUGUCCUCCAAAUCGUUCACUUCCUGCAGACAGACAAAGAGGCAGGUUGAAAAGUGUCGACCGCGAGCCACCAUGUCCUUGUUCACCUUGUAUCGCUUCUGCUCAUAGUUGUGGAGCUUCCUGUUGAUGACUUCCCUGGCGUGAGCUGACAAAGGCGGCUGUGGUGGCGGCUUCGGAGGCUCCUCAAAUGCCUCGGGCGGCAGAGACAGCUGGGGGCCAGCCAACGGGCCGUGACCUGCAUCGAUCGACGGAGACACACAUUGAAAAAACUGCGAGACAUGUCGGUGUGUCGUCCUACCUACCUACCAGAUGAGGCGUCCGAUCGUACGCUGUCUUUUCGGAUGGCAGGCUGCCGCUCGGACCUCAGAGGCGACUGGUACUGCAUGACUGAUCCCCUCCGGCUUUUGCCGGAUGAGUGGCUCGUGUGUCUUGAGUAGGUGGGCAUCCCCAGGUCAGGAGCUGCGGCGAGCACACUGCCGCGCCUCCUCUGGCCAUUGCCAACCGGAUUCUCGCCGCUGAAGGACAAUUGCACGCAUGGAUGACUUACAAGGGCUUGUGAAGACAGACAAGUGUGUGUGUGGUUUGGUGUGUGGUAGACGGACGUACACGCCUUUGAUGAAGGCAUCGAUCCUAUAGAAGAGGUCAUCAAGCGAUUGCUGCAGUCAGCAAGGCCACACAUGCCAACACCAAAUGUACGUCACAUUCCCAUGAUAAUCAGUAAUCCGCUUCUAUUAGCGCUCACUCACUGCCGCGAGCAACUCGAUGUUUGCGCCCUCGUCUGCAGCAGGAGGGCGACACGACAAGUCACGCAUACAUGAGUACCACCAGUUUUUGAGCCUGCGAAUGCCUCUCACCUUUGUCGGCCUCCCCCGCCUCGGCCUGUUUGAGGUGUCUCUGCCUCCAUAGCAGCUCACCAGGUGUGUGGGAACCAACUAAUCCACUGCCCUGACGCCAACACAGAAACGGAAGCGAGACACAACCAUCCAACACUGUCAGUCUGUAUGGAGGUCUUUCUUUCCCUUUCCCUACCACGAACUUGUGGACGUCGUCUAUGGUGAGCGUCCCAUCGCCGUCCCAAUCCAUCUGCAGGUGGAGGCACAACAGGGACAGGCAGCAGAAUGAACCCCACCGAAUCCCCGUGCCUGGCUGGCGUCGUCUCCCUCUUCCUUUUACAUAGUGCAGGAGGUCCUUGAGCUGCGUGAGGGAUAUGUUCUUGGUGUUGCAGAGGUCGCGCAACCACCGUUUGAGGUUCCGAGGGCUCAGUCGCCCCAGGUGAUCUGUGCAAACGGAGAACAUGCAGGAGAUAUAAUGCAUGAGUUGUGGGUGCCUGGGUCUGUCUGUGCCCUUUUUUCUGGGUUGCCGACCCAGAAGGAAUGAGACGCCGAGCUCACACUCGGCAGGGGUCAGCUUGACGAAGGCAAGAGGCACCGCAUCCGGCCCUCCAUCCUCACCAGCGGCAGCGGGCUGAGCCCCUUUCUCGGUUGGACUCUCACUUCCCAUCCGACGCACCUGUCCUGUUUUCGGGUAGCAAGCAGCAAGCAGAGCGAAAAGGUUCCGAAAGGAAGGUGCGCGAGCUUGAGAGUGGCGAGCUGAGGAGAGAAGGAAGGGUGUUUUGAGGUCUUUUUUGAUGAGUUUUAAUCACUUUUGCAUAGGCAAGACAAGCGUAGGCGGCCGAAG